AUGAUUCUUGAUGUCUGUUGUAGUGGUAAAGUAGCAUUUGUAGAUACUGAUUUGAAUGCUUUCAUGAUAUUCUUGAUCAAAGAUUUACUGUUUAGCUUUUUGGGCAAAUAUCUUCAAAUACUGAAAAAAGAUCAAAUGGACUGCUAUGUUGGAGUAGAAGCUGAUAUUGUUGUUGUUCCAAAGCGUCAACAACUAUCAUUUAGAUUUCCAUCACCAGACUAUUGUUUGCAGUGGGAAGUGGCUAAUUCCGAAAAUUUUUGGUCUGCAAAUGAGAAAUGUGUUAGUGCAACAAAUGUGACAAACGGGGAAGGCUCAUGUGAUGAAGUUAAGGUCCAAACAUCCAUUCAUGGAGAAUCAUCUACUGAUUCAAGUUGGUGUGAAGAGUUACCAUUUUUUGAUCAAAGCCCAGCGAAUCCAGAAGCUUCUCUAGACAUGAUCAGACCUCUAGGCAAUGAACCGGAUUACCCGCUUGAUGACACAGUGGAUCAGCCGGAUGACAUUUUCUUAAGGUCAAUACUUGAAACUUCUCCUGGCAUGGAAAAUCCAUACAAACCUGUUAGCAUGCAUCCUUUGCUUGAUCGCAGCAUGAUGCCAUCUGAAAAUAUCUUGACGGACAUGAUAGCGGAGUUGCAAAGUAUUUCAAUGAACGUAUCUACCACAAACAUCUCAAAGAAUCUUAGUAUUCAUACCCCUUCAUCAGGAGACUGGGAGAGAGUAGAAAAUACACCACAUUUUAUGCCAUUCGAUUCAGGGGAAAUGAAAGAUUGCUCAAUGACAAAGGAACCAGUAGUACCAUGCUUGAUCCCAGCUGAACUAAACAGCCCUCACAAAGUAGACAGACAUUUGAGUGCUGGAGGAUCUUUAGAGGAAUCUGUGUUGCAGGAGCUUGAAGUGGCUAUGGCACAGUUGACCAAGAGCAUACGUCUUUGCUUUCGUGAUGCCCUGUACCGCCUUGCCAAGGGCUCAGAACAAUCACAUAUAGUAAGUCAAGCUCGAAGUGGAGAGAUUACCCAGGAAAAACACUCUUUGUCAACAGUUCAUUACAAAACACCCAGGUUUGGAAGGGUGAAUCCUACAGACUAUCAGACUAAUGCCAUCGAUUGGACCAUUGCGAAGCUCAUGUUUGAAAAGAUGGACUGUGACACGCAUGGUAUUUCUUCUGCAGCAUCAGUGAACUUAAGCAAGGAAACUGUCAUGACAGAUGCAUCACCAAACUAUGGCUUGAAUCGGACACCAGUGCCUCUGUAUCCUCGUUGCUCACUGCUACCACAUGAUGCUGGUGUUUCCAUGUUAGGUGGAGAGAACAAUAUAAUGAUUGAUUUUUAAUGAGAUUUAAAGCCCAGAAACAGUAUUAGGAUUGGAAU